AUGGUCGACGUAGCCAAGGACGCUCCUGAUGGGGCCAGAAACGAUGCUCAGAGUCCUUACCAAGAGAUCCCUCCGUCUCCCGCGCAGUCUCCGGUCAAGGAUUCCGGAAAAGACUACAGUGGUGGAUCAGAGGCAAAGGAUGCCGAGGGCGCAAAUGAAGCCGAGGCGACGAUCGCAAGCACCCCUGAUGUCAGUGCUAGUGCUGUGCAGUACUUCCGGAACCUGUGCGAAGUCGCUGGUUUCCGAUAUAAAGAAGACGAUUAUCUUGCAGGACUAAAGUUUUGGCUUUCGAUGCCUGCACACAAGUACAGAGCAGUCCACUACCUUGAGCCUGGGCUCAUCUUUCCCGCGAAAGUGCUCCACCAUCGUCGGCUGCCAGGCUUCCGCGCUCCCAGACUCUCCUCUUCCGGCUUCUCCGGUAUCGUGGUGCACCGCUUCCAGAUCAGAGGCGGUGGUCUUUGCGGACCCCGAGAAACCAAGAUAAGGUGCGCAGAGCUCCAUCAGAGAGUUGCAACCUUCGUACCAGACAUCAAAGAAGAGGAUUACGUAGUGUCUGGGCCUUUUUGGAUCGGCGAAGUGAUGUGCUACAUCGACAUCCUUCUUAUCAAUCCUGCCUACCAUGACGAAUUCUUCAAGAUCAACUUCACCACUCGCGGCGGUGUCUACUUCGCACACCAUUCUGUCGGAGCAGACUUUCUUUACGAUGCUGUUGUUCUUCUCGUCAAAGGUCUCGACAAGAGGGUGGAUCCCGUGGCGGUCGCCGACCGUAUCAAGAAAAAGUUCCGCAAGAGAGUCGAUUUCAGUGUCGUCUGGGGCGUGCACUCAGCCCAGAGUCCUCCCGAAGAGGCUUCCCGCCUUCAAUUCGAGGGCUCUCUUUAUCUUGUUGGCAAGGCUCGUCCGUAUAUCAGCGACACCGAAUCAGGCUGGCGUCCCAUCAAAGAUCCUCCCUUUGUGGACCUCAAGGGCAUCGAGCACGCUGGCAACAAUCACAGCGUACGCUGCAUCACCCAGCCCUUAUGGAGUGGGCACGCCAAUGGAUGGGAUUAUGUCUACGAACCUACACGUGACGACUAG